AGGAACUUGCAAUCUUGCGACGGCAGGCGAUAGCCUCAGACUGGGCGCGCAUGUCGUUGUUGAGUAAAUAAAUACUAUUCUUGAUAGCCUAUACAUAACUAACCAUUUAGUUGGAUGUCGUAGUUGCGAACUGUUUGUUGAGGAUCGUAUCAUAUUUUAUAUUAAAUCAGAGAAAUUAGCAGCAGUCCAUUUGAGCCAAAAACCGGAUGCUGACAGCUAUUCGGCCCAUGUUGGACAAGUCUGUGGAAUUGCUGUCUGCUCCCAGUCACACCCUUGUGUGUUACUGGACACUGCUGGGUUGUUGUCUCUUGAGUGAUAAGUCGUUUUUUCAUAUUCACAGUUAAUAAUUCGUUGUUACGUAGUGGCGACAUGCCUGCAUUUGGUAUAGAUCUUCUGAUUCGGGUGUGAAGGGAACGUUUGGACGGGAUAUGACUGACUCAUCGUCACCAUGGCCCGGUCCGGUCAGAGGAGAUAACACUUGACCCUCUGUGUGCUGCUCUGCCUCCCAGACAAGUUACUCCCUAGCAAGGAAAGUUGUUUUGGUUCAAAGUAUUUUCAACGAUAUUCAUAAUUCCAUCCAACGUGGGACAAUGGCUUCUCAGAUGUACACUUUUGUUACCCGGGACGACAACAGCACCAUUUAUGCAGAAGUUUCCAAAAUCCUCCUUUCUACUGGGCAGUGGAAGAGGCUGAAAAGAGAUAACCCCAGAUUCAAUUUGAUGCUUGGAGAACGGAAUCGACUACCAUAUGGGCGUCUAGGUCAUGAACCAGGACUGGUACAGCUGGUCAAUUACUACAGAGGGGCAGACAAGCUUUGCAGGAAGGCGUCUUUGGUCAAGCUAAUAAAGACCAGCCCAGAGCUCUCUGAUGCAUCUAACUGGUUCCCGGAAUCCUACAUCAUCUAUCCCACCAACCUCAACACUCCUGUGGCUCCUGCGACAAAUGGCCUCAGCCAUCUGAAGAGCAAUCCCAAGACGGAUGAGCGAGAAGUUUUCUUGGCAUCUUAUCAUUCCAAAAAAGAAAGUGGAGAGGGGACUGUGUGGAUAGCCAAGUCAUCUGCUGGAGCUAAAGGUGCUGGUAUUCUGAUAUCGCACGAUGCAAACCAACUACUGCAGUACAUUGACAAUCAAGGACAGGUUCAUGUUAUUCAGAAGUACCUGGAGAAACCUUUACUUCUGCAGCCUGGACAUCGCAAGUUUGACAUCAGGAGCUGGGUCCUUGUGGACCACCAUUACAACAUCUAUUUGUAUCGGGAGGGCGUGCUGCGGACUUCCUCUGAGCCGUACAACAGCUCCGACCUCCAAGACAUGACCAGCCACCUGACCAACCACUGCAUCCAGAAGGAGCACUCCCAGAACUACGGUCGCUAUGAGGAAGGCAACGAGAUGUUCUUUGACGAGUUUCGUCUGUACCUGCUCAACACUCACAGUGUCACCCUGGAGUCCACCAUAUUACCUCAGAUCAAGCAAAUCAUCAAGAGCUGUCUGUCAUGCAUUGAACCAGCGAUCAGCACCAAGCAUCUUUCCUACCAGAGCUUCCAGCUGUUUGGAUUCGACUUCAUGGUGGACGUGAACUUCAAAGUGUGGCUCAUUGAGAUCAACGGAGCACCAGCCUGUGCACAGAAGCUGUACCCUGAGCUGUGUCAAGGCAUUGUGGAUGUAGCCAUUUCCAGUGUCUUUACCCUGAACAAUAGUGGUGACUGUUCGUCUUCGCCUUAUUCUUCCUCUCCAUCCUCCCUGUUCUCGACCAACGCUUGCUCCUCACCUAAACUGAGAGGGCCGCUUCACAUUGGCCCUUUUACUCGACUUUAAGCACAAGGCCAAUCACCCUCCCUUGUCCUCUCUGCUGAAGGAGAAGCAAAGGCCAUCAAAUUGUAAUGUCAGCAUUUAUUGUCCCUCGUCUUUCACGCAUGUGUGCAUUCGAUCUGCAGAUGGCGUACUCUUUGUUGAUUUGAAAAGCAAAACAAAAUGAAAAGGUACCAACCAUUCUGUGAAUGUCCUUUACAGCCAAGAAUUCUUACUUUGCCCCCCCCGACAGAUAGUUAGGAGUCUUGAGAAAGUGUAGAUGCUCAAGAUUAAACUUGUGCCUUACAUCUCCAGCCAUGAAACUGCCAACGUAACAACCAGCCAAUUUCUGUGUUGGGAGGUGCACGUUGGCAAUACAUUCAGCAGAGGGAGCUAGUGAGCAAGGAGGAGAUCCAGGUUACUGCAACUUUAUACAGUGAACUACUCACACUGGUUCCAGUUA